AUGGAAAAACUCCGUGGGCAUGUGUCUGCCCAUUCAGACAUCCUCUCCCUGGAGAACCGAUGCCUGACCACACUUCCUGAUGUGAAGAUCAUGGAGAAGCCACAUGGACAUGUGUCUGCCCAUUCAGACAUUCUAUCUUUGGAGAACCGGUGCCUGGCUAAACUUCAUGAUAUGAAGACCAUAGAGAAGCCAAAAAGACUUGUGUCUAUCCACUCAGAUGUUCUCUCCUUGGAGAACCAGUGCCUGACCACACUUUCCAGUCUAAAGACCACUAUAUAUGCCAGCUCCUUGCGCCAGCAACUCCAGAUACCUCACUUGAUGCAUGCUGAUCUGUACAGCCCCAACACCAGCCUCUUGUCUGGGCCUCCAACCUCGAGGGCUCAGUGCCUCUCUGAGAGACAAGACUUUCUAACCUACCCCAUGGCCCUGAGCUCUUCCUCUGCCACAGAGAAAGUUCAGGUAACAGUUCUGGGUCAUUGCCCACCUUCAGAAGAAGAGAAAAAACCAGAAAAGACAGAGGAGGAGACCCAAAUACCUUUUUAUAAUCUAAGCUUGGAAGAGGAGGAGGAAAUGGAAGAGCUGACCUUGAAGCUUAGCCCUAAUGGCACCAGAUCUCAUCCUGAGCCCGCUGACCAGGCCCUUCAGGAGAAGAAGAUGGCUCUGAUGAGUUUGCUGUGCUCUAGUCUGAUCCCAAAUGUAGUCACAAGAGGAAAUGGUUGCCAGCAUUCCCUCCUUAGUAAAUGUAGUGAAAUUGCACCCUUGGAGCCUGAAUUUAUCCUAAAGGCAUCUUUGUAUACCAGGCAGCAGCUGAAUAUCCGGGAUGCAGCCAACAGACUCUUGGCCAUUGCUGCUUUCUUGCCAGCUUGUCGCCCCUACCUGCGACGUUAUUUCUGUGCCAUUGUCCAGCUGCCUUCUGAUUGGAUCCAGGUGGCUGAGUUCUACCAGAGUCUGACUGAAAAUCCGGGGAGUAAGCUGUCGCCCCUGCCUGCCUGCCUACGAGCUGCGAUGACAGACAAAUUUGCCCAGUUUGAUGAAUACCAACUGGCCAAGUACAACCCUCGGAAGCACCGGGCCAAGAAAAACCGCCUCAGACGCCCACACCCUUCACAGCAGUUCGGGAGUCCAUUUUCUGAGACCCAGAAAUAUUUCCCAAAAUUCCUUCAAGAUUUUAAACAUCAGCAGAUAAAGUUUGAGGCAGACUAUAAUGCAGCGCCAAAGAAAAAGGAUCCACCAAGGUUCACCCUGAAGAAGCUGAUACAGAGAUUGCAUAUCCGGGAGCCUGCUCAUCAUGUUCAAGCCCUGCUGGGCUACAAAUAUCCCUCCAACAUACAGCUUUUUUCUCAAAGUCACCUCCCUGGGCCAUGGGAUUCUAGCAAAGCUGGGAAGCGGAUGAAACUUCCUCAGCCAGAGACGUGGGAGCGAGUGUUAAGCCUCCGUGGGAACAAAGCUGCUGUCUGGGAGGAGCUCAUUGACAAAGGGAAGCUUCCCUUCAUGGCCAUGCUGCGGAAUCUGUGCAGCCUACUUCAAGUUGGGAUCAGUGCCCAGCACCAUGAGCUUGUUCUCCAGCGACUCCAGCACGCAAAGUCAGUGAUCCACAGUCGGCAGUUUCCAUUCAGAUUCCUUAAUGCCCAUGAUUCCAUAAAUAAUCUCGAAGCUAAACUAAGAAGUAAAGCGUUGCCAGCUCCUUCAAACACACAGCUGAUGAAGCAGAUAUUGAUUAGAAACUCAAAAACUAGAAGAAGUAAGGCCCGUCUGCUUGAAAUUAAGAACCUAAGUCGUCAGAAACUUCGAGCAGCCAUGAUGGUGCCUGUGUUCUAUGAGCAGCUCAAGAGAGAGAAGCUAAAAAUACAAAAGGCCAAACAGGGGAAAUAUGAUGGUGAGAUGCUAGAUCGGUACCGGCAAGCCCUGGAGACAGCUGUGAACCUAUCUGUGAAGCACAGUCUACCCCCACUUCCUGGUCGCACUCUCCUGGCCUACCUGACAGAUGCAAAUGCAGACGAGCUAUGCCCUAAGAGCAACUCACAAGGGCUGCCUCUGAACUACGUGCUGCUGUUGAUUGCGAUGAUAAUCGCUCGGGCAGAGCAGGUGGAUCUUUUGUUUUUUGGAAGAGGAACUUUGAAGACUGCUGUGCUGAAGGCAGAGGAAGGGAUCCUGAAGUCUGCCACUGAGCUCCAGGCUCAAGUGAAUGAAAAGGAUGAAAAUGAAGAGUCCCUGGAUACUUUUGGGAAGUACCUGCUGUCUCUGGCUGUCCAGAGGGUCCCUGUGGACAGAGUCAUUCUCUUUGGCGGAGUUAUGAAUCAGAGAUGGAUAAAUACAGCUAAACAACUGUUCUGGCACCGUGUGAAUUCUAAGUGCCUCUUUGUUGGUGUGCCUAUGAAAGAGUAUUUUGUGUCAUCACCUGUGAACCCCAAUGAUGUGACACUCUCAGGCUGUACAGAUGGCAUACUGAAGUUCAUAGCAGAACGUGGGGCCUCCCGUCUUCUAGAACAUGUGGGCCAAAUGGACAAACUAUUCAAGAUCCCACCACCUUCAGGAAAGGCAGAGCCCCUGUCUCUCAGGCCACUGGAAGAGAAUACUCCAAGCCCGUUGGCUCCUGUUUCCCAGCCUGGGUGGCGCAGCCUCCGACUUUUUAUUUCGUCCACUUUCCGGGACAUGCACGGAGAGCGGGACCUGCUGCUGAGGUCAGUGCUUCCGGCCCUGCAGGCCCGAGCGGCCACUCAUUGCAUCAGCCUUCAUGGUAUCGACCUGCGCUGGGGCGUCACUGAGGAAGAAACCCGGAGGAACAGACAACUUGAAGUGUGCCUUGGGGAAGUGGAGAACUCGCAGCUGUUCGUGGGGAUUCUGGGCUCUCGCUAUGGCUACGUUCCCCCUAACUACAGCCUCCCUAACCAUCCUCACUUCCAGUGGGUCCAGCAGUAUCCCCCAGGUCGCUCAGUGACCGAGAUGGAGAUGAUGCAGUUCCUGAACCGGGGCCUCCGCCUCCAGACCUCAGCCCCAGCUCUGAUCUACUUCCGGGAAAACAGCUUCCUCAGUUCUGUGCCAGAUGCCUGGAAACCGGACUUUAUUCCUGAGUCUGAAGAGGCUGCACAACAGAUCACGGAACUAAAGAACUACCUGAGCAAACAGAAAGAGAUUACCUGCCGCAGAUACUCCUGCAAGUGGGGGGGUGUGGCAGCGGGCCGGCCCUAUGUUGGGGGACUGGAGGAAUUUGGAAAGUUGGUUCUGCAGGAUGUGUGGACUAUUAUCCAGAAACUUUACCUCCAGCCCGAGUCCCAGCUGGAACAACCUGGGUCCAUGUCAGAUGACUCGGUCCAAGCCACCUUCCAGCAGCUGCAGUGUCCCCCCAGUUCUGCCCGACGGCGCCUCCUUCAGAACACAGUACAGCAGCUGCAGCAGCACCGGGGAUGUCUGAGCCUGGUGAUCGGGCACUCGGGACAGGGCAAGACUGCCUUCCUGGCAUCACUUGUGUCAACCCUCCAGGCUCCCGAUGGGACCAGAGUGGCCCCCUUAGUCUUCUUCCACUUCUCAGGUGCCCGCCCUGACCAGAGUCUUGUUCUUACUCUGCUCAGACGCCUCUGUGCCUUCCUGCACAGCCAUCUGCAAGCACCGAGUGCUCUCCCCAGGACCUACCGAGGCCUAGUGUGGGAGCUGCAGCAGAGGCUGCUGCCCAAAUCUGCUCAGUUCCUGCACCCUGGUCAGAACCUGGUGGUGAUCAUCGAUGGGGCCGACCAGCUGGUGGACCAGAAUGGGCAGCUGAUCUCAGACUGGAUCCCAAAGACCCUUCCCCGGAGGGUUCACCUGGUGCUGAGUGUGUCUACUGACACAGGCCUGGGGGAGACCCUGGAGCAGAGCCAGGAUGCCCAAGUGGUGGCUCUGGGGCCUCUGGAGCCAUCCGCCCGGACCCAGAUGGUGAGGGAGGAGCUGGCUCUCUACGGGAAGAGGCUGGAAGAGUCACCUUUUAACAACCAGAUGCAGCUGCUGCUGGUGAAGCGGGGGUCGGCCCUGCCACUCUACCUGCGCUUGGUCACGGAUCAUCUGAGGCUCUUCACACUCUAUGAACAGAUUUCUGAGAGACUCCGGGCUCUGCCCGCCACCAUCCCCUUGCUGCUCCAACACAUCCUGAACACCUUGGAAAAAGAGCAUGGCCCCGAUGUCCUUUCCCAAGCCUUGACCACCCUUGAGGUCACACGUGGUGGUUUGACCGUGGACCAGCUGCAUGGAGUGUUGAGUGCUUGGCGGAUCCUCCCCAAAGGGAGCAAGACCUGGGAAGAGGCGAUGGCUGCUAGUAACAGUGGGGACCCCUAUCCCAUGGGUUCAUUUGCCUACCUCGUCCAGAGUCUGCGCAGCUUGCUAGGGGAGGGUCCUCUGGAGCGCCUUGGUGCCCGGCUUUGCCUCCGUGAUGGGCCCCUGAGAGCAGCAGCUCAGCGUCGAUAUAGGAAGAAGCCAGGGCUGAAGAACACGGCACACAUCCUCAUUGCAGCUCAGUUCUGGAAGAUGUGUUACCCUGAUGCCUCAGGUACCUUCCGAAGUUGCCCUCCUGAAGCUCUAGGAGACCUGCCUUACCACCUGCUCCGGAGUGGGAACCGUGAUCUUCUUGUGAAGUUCCUCACCAGCCUGCAUGUGGUGGCGGCACACGUGGAGCUAGGCCUGGUCCCUCGACUCCUGGAUGCCCAUGCCCUCUAUGUCUCUUCAGUCCCUGAAGAUGAACAAGAGCUCCCUGAUGCCGACAUUGCUGUAUUCCGUGCCUUCCUGAGGCAGCAGGCUCCAAUCCUAAGCCAGUACCCACUGCUCCUAUACCAGCAAGCAGCCAAUCAGCCUUCGAACUCACCUCUUUGUCACCAGGCCCCUCAAUUAUCCCAGCGGUGGCAACUCCCAUGCACACUUCGAUGGAUUAAUAAACCCCAAGCCGUGGGGGACCAGCAAAGCUCUGGCCUGUCUCUGUCUGUGUCCUCAUCUCCCACAGCCGUGGCGUUCUCCCACAAUGCGCAGAGAGCAGCUGUGGGUACUGCCAAUGGGACUGUUCACCUGUUGGACCUGAACUCCUGGCAGGAGGAGAAGUCUUUGGUGAGUGGCUGUGAUGGGAUCUCUUCUUGCUUGUUCCUCUCCGACACAUCCAUCUUUCUUACUUCCUUUGAUGGACUCCUGGAGCUCUGGGACCUGCAGCAUGGUUGUCGAAUUCUCCAGACCAAGGCUCACCAGCACCAAAUCACCAGCUGUUGCCUAAGUCCAGACCGCCGACUGCUGGCCACUGUGUGCAUGGGAGGAUGCUUAAAGCUGUGGGACACAGUCUGUGGGCAGUUGGCCUCGCAGCACACCUGUCCGAAGGCCCUCAACUGCGUUGCCUUCCACCCUGAGGGGCAGGUGAUAGCCACAGGCAGCUGGGCUGGCUUCAGCUUCUUCCAGGUGGAUGGGCUCAAAGUCACCAAGGAGCUAGGGGACCCAGGAACCUCCGUCCGGACCUUGAGCUUCAAUGUAUCUGGGCGGGUUGUGGCUGUUGGCCGACUGAACAAGAUGGUGGAGCUGUGGGCCUGGCAAGAGGGAGCGCGGCUGGCAGCCUUCCCUGCCCACCAGGGCUCUGUUACUAGUGCCCUCUUCCUUCGUGCUGGGAGCCAGUUACUGACGGCUGGAGAGGAUGGCAAGGUCCAGGUGUGGUCAGGGUCUCUGGGUCGACCCGGUGGGUGCCUGGGUUCUCCUCUCUCUCCUGCCCUUACAGUGGCACUCAGUCCAGAUGGUAAAUGGGUGGCUGUUGGGUACCGAGCAGAUGGCAUUAGGAUCUACGCAAUCUCUCCAGACUCCCAGAAGACUCUUUGUCAAGCACUACAUGUGGCAGUGUCUGCCCUGGCCUGGCUCAGCUCUGAGGUUUUAGUGAGUGGUGCAGAAGAUGGGUCCCUACAGGGCUGGGCUUUGAAGAAAAGCUGCCUUCAGCCCCUGUGGCUCCUGUCCAAAUACCAGAAGCCUGUGCUAGGAUUAGCUGUCUCCCAAGAACUCCUGGCUUCUGCCUCAGAGGAUUUCACAGUGCGGCUGUGGCCCAGGAAGUUCCUGACCCUCUCACAAAAGGCAGAAGCAUUUCCUUGUGGCACUGAGCUUCGAGGACACGAAGGCCCUGUGAACUGCUGUAGCUUCAGCACUGAUGGAACCCGUCUGGCUACUGGAGGCAGGGAUCGGAAUCUCCUAUGCUGGGAUGUGAGGACGCCCAGUACCCCAAUUCUGAUUCGCUCCUUCUCUGCCUGUCACCGUGACUGGGUCACUGGCUGUGCCUGGACCAAAGAUAGCCUGCUGAUCUCCUGUUCCAGUGAUGGCUCUGUGGGGCUAUGGGACCCUGAGUCAGGACAGCAGCUUGGUCACUUCCUGGGCCAUCAGAGUGCUGUGAGCGUGGUGGCAGCUGCGGAGGAUCAUGUGGUGUCUGUGGAUCGGGAUGGGAUUUUGAAAGUGUGGAACCAUCAAGGUGUGGAGCUGACAAGCAUCCAUGCUCACUCAGGACCCAUCAGCCACUGUGUGGCUACACUGGAGCCUCGCGCAGCUGACCAGCCUGGGUCAGAGCUGUUGGUGAUAACUGUUGGGCUAGAUGGGACCACAAGACUAUGGCAUCCACUCUUGGUAUAUCAAACACACACCUUCCUGGGACACAGUGGGCCAGUCAGUGCAGCUGCUGUGUCAGACACCUCGGGCCUACUGCUGACAGCCUCAGAGGAUGGUUCUGUAUGGCUCUGGCAGGUACCUAACGAAGCAGAUCACACACGUAUACACAAGACUCCUGCAGCCAUCACCGCUAUGGCCUGGGCCCCAGAUGGUUCCAUGGUGGUGUCUGGGAAUCAAACUGGGGAACUGACUCUGUGGCAGGAAGCGAAGGCUGUGGCCACAGCACAGGCUCCAGGCUAUGUCAAUGCCCUGGUGUGGUACUCAAAACAAACCUUCUUCGUUCUGUGUGCUGAUGAAAAAGUCAGCGAAUGGCAAGUGGAAUUUCAGAGAAGUUCACAGUCUAAAAAUUUCAACCUGUACCUGGAUCGAGUUCUUCAGGAAGAUGUGGGAGUCCUGACAGGUCUGGGCCUGGCCCCUGAUGGCUCCCUCAUCCUGGCCAAACCAGGUUUGGAAUUGCUGCACAUGGUGCCAUGGAUUGACCCCUCUGUAAUCUGGAGCCACUAUUCAGAAGAUGGUUUUACAAUAUUGUCCACCCAUAAGGAGUAUGGUGUGUUUGUCCUGCAGUCAAUGGCCCCUCAAACUCUUUUUUUCUUAAGGCAAAAUGAAUCAGGAGAGGUUGAAUAUACCUUAGAGUUUAGUCUAGACCUAGAAAAUCCUAAUGGAGGCCUACUCUGGAUAACUCAGGCCAAACCUGAAUCUGAAUCCUCAUUUUUGUGUGCCAGUUCUGAUGGGAUGCUAUGGAAUAUGGCCAGAUGCACCCCUGAAGGAGAAUGGACCACGGGUAACAUGUGGCUAAACUCUGACACCCAAAAUUCAGAGACAGAAACAGACUCAUGUAUAUGGCCAACAUGCCAACAUCUAAGGACACGUCAGCGAAGAAAGAUCCACUCCGGCUCUGUCACAGCCCUCCACGUGCUACCUGAGUUACUGGUAACAGCUUCAAAGGACAGAGAUGUUAAGCUAUGGGAAAGACCUAGUAUGCAGCUGCUGGGCCUGUUCCGCUGUGAAGGGGCCGUGAGCUGCCUGGAACCUCGGCUGGGUCCUGAUUCGACCCUGCAACUUGCUGUGGGAGAUGCACAUGGCAAUGUGUACUUUCUGUCCUGGAAAUGA